CCGCCAGCCCUGUCUGUGGCCGUUGCCUAUAGAAAUUAUAUGUUCACAUCCAGGCUUCCAGCGUCAUCAUCGCAAUCACUUCACAGAUCGCCUCCCGCAAGAGCCCGCAGGGAAGGAAGGAGUCACCCAAGGUUGCAUCAGUGCGGUCCCAUAUAGGUUCUUACGGGACCCCCACCGGCCGCGCCCUCUCCGUCGUUCCCCGAAACCCUCCUUCCUUCCGUUUUUAGAAUCCUAGAAUACGAUGGGAAGUACAGGUGGAGAAGGCAUAAAGAUGCCUGCAGGUGAUGCUGCUGAAUGUUCUAAUAAUACUACUGUUGAGAUAAAAAUCAAGACUCUGGACUCUCAAACUUUCACAUUGCGAGUGGAUAAAUGCGUGCCUGUUCCCGAGCUGAAGGAACAAAUUGCCUCUGUAACUGGCGUUCUCUCAGAGCAACAACGUCUUAUAUGCCGUGGAAAAGUUUUGAAGGAUGACCAAUGCCUUUCAGCUUAUCAUGUGGAAGAUGGUCACACCCUACACCUGGUUGUGAGACAACCUGUUGCUUCAUCACCAAACCUGCCUGAUAAUGCAGCAGACAGUAACCCAUCAUCAGGUACUAGGCACAAUCAGAGUAGUCGAGCUGGCCCUGGUAUGGUGGUUGGAACCUUCAAUAUAUCAGAGCAGGGAGAUGGAGCUUUUCCUGAUCUUAAUCGGAUUGUUUCUGCUCUGCUGGGUUCUUUUGGAGUUACAAGACUUGGAAGUGGCAGUGAAGGAAUUGAUCUUAAUCAACCUCCUGCAGAACGAUUAUUGGCUUCACCUGCCUUAGGUGGUGCGAGAUAUGCAAGUAGACCGCAAACUGACCAAGUCACUUCGCUGCCUCUUCCUGUGGAAUCCAUGCAGCCACCGAUUAUCCCUGAUUCAUUGACUACGUUAUUACAAUACCUGGGUCAUCUAAGACAAGAAUUUAUCACCAAUGUUGGAGGACAGAAUGUUAGCGUCCAAAAUGGUGUUCUUCCUGGGAGUGGUGCGAAUGAUACAGAAGCUACUGUACAUUCCAGUGGAGUGAGAGGGCUCCUAACUCCCGAGUCCUUGGCUGAGGUGAUGUCAUGCGCCAGACAACUGCUUGGUGAACAAGCAACUGGUUGCUUAACGCAACUGGCAGGACAGCUGGAAUCUCAUUCGAGUGUGGUGGAUCCUUUGGAGAGGUCAAGAAUUCAAUCUAAUGCCCUAAGAUCAGGAACUCUUAUCCAAAAGUUAGGAUCUAUGCUGCUUGAGCUUGGUAGAGCCAUAAUGACACUGAGAAUGGGUCAAGCCCCUGCUGAUGCAUUGGUGAAUGCUGGACCCUCUGUUUUUGUAUCCUCAGCAGGACCCAAUCCAAUCAUGGUUCCGGUGCUAUUUUUGUUUAAUCCACUGCCUCUCCACCCUGGAGCCAAUUAUGGUUCAGUACCUGUUGGAGCUGUUCAGCCCGGAUCUGGUUUGACUGGAAGCUCUGCUGGUACUGGGUUUCUCCCGAGAAAUAUUGAUAUCCGGAUACGUACAGGUUCAUUGUUUACCCGAAGGGGAAUUACUGGUUCACAGCCUCAAGAACAAGUUGGUCCGAUGUCUUCCAACUCAAUAAGUUCUGAUCAACAAGAUGCUGCAUUGCCUGAUUCAAAUUCUCACAUCAGGGAGCCACAAUUGCAGGCUGUCCCUAUUAGAACUGUAGUUGCUGCAGUUCCUGCAUCUGGAAGACACGAAUCAGAUUCUUCUCGUGGUUCGAUAGGGAUUCUGUAUCCAGUUCUGGCAAGAGUUCAAAAUGUAUCUCUCGGAAAUUCUGUUGGUACUAGGGCUUCUCAAGCAUCAGAUCAACACCAAAAUGAUUCCAAUGUUAAUCCCGAACGAGUUAUUUCUGAUGCUGCAACACAACCGCAAAGCACUGCAGGGCCUCGUGGGAGUGGCUACAAUGGCGUACCUAUUGAAGCACUUAAUGUGCAAGGAUCUCCUGGUCAGAGCAGAAGUGGAUUUGAGCAGCUGUUAACUACAAUAUUUCCACAGGAGAAUGUCCUGAGUAAUAAUGCCAACACCUCAAGUUCAGGUUCUGGUCAAAGUCAUACUGACUUACCAGCGGGUAAUGGUAGUUCUCAGGCACCGUUAUCAGCAGUGAGUGAUCAAGGCCUCCUUCUAUCUAAUAUACUACGGCAAAUAAUCCCCAUGGUUUCUCAGAACAAUGAAGCUCAGUUGGUGCCAUCUGCUGAAGGAGCUAACUCAGACGAAACACAGGCUGCUGAAAAUCCUCACCGGAGUUCUAACAGGCGAAGCCCUCAGCCACCGCCAAGUCCAAAACGUCGAAGACUGGAAUAAGCGUCUGGCAUGUGGAAUUUUGGGGCAAUGGUGUUGAUUGGGAGAGGUGUGCAUCAACUGUCUCAGAAGCCUGCAAUUUGAAGAGAUGAUUGUGUCAGAGUCUUGGGAAGACACAACCUCACCCGAUAUAAAUAAUCCACAUAUAUUAUAUAUCAUACAAGAGCUGCACAGAAUGGAAUGUAUACAGCAUCAAUUUUGUUAAUCUUCGUUUCAUUUUUGCCAUUUGUUCUUGGAUGCUAUUCUUUUUUCGAGCUUAGUGCAUUUUGGAUUCUAACA